CGCUGCCUUGCAGAGCGCACCUGUUCUAAUUGGAGGAAUCGCAGACCAAGUUGUCUGAGUGACGUCGAGAGGACUGGUCUACCACUUCCAAUAGUCAGAGGGGAUAUCUGAGGAGGACUGAGGAGAACUGAGGAGCUCGGAAAAGGACUGCAGCAGCGAGCAUCCUGUGAAUGGUGGCAGGACAGAGACAGAGACAGAGACUAGAGGAGCUGUGAGCGUUUAGACAUGGACCAGCGGUGGUAAUAAUACACCAAAUGCUUCAUCUCUGAGCUCCUACUUGCAGGGACUUACUUUAAAAAACACUCUGGACUCGUCUGUUUUCCUCCCUCUGGACGCAGGAGCUGCUGGCUGUCUGCAUCGUUAUUGUUUGGCAUCGACUGACUUGCAACCCUGAACACCAUCAGCACUGAAGCGUCUUGUUUUCGGUCGUUUGGAGCCAUGGGUUGUACGGUGAGCGCCGAGGAUAAGGCUGCCGCGGAGAGGUCAAAGAUGAUUGACAAAAACCUCCGAGAGGACGGAGAGAAGGCGGCCAGAGAGGUGAAGCUGCUGCUGUUAGGCGCUGGGGAAUCUGGGAAGAGCACCAUUGUAAAGCAGAUGAAGAUCAUCCAUGAAGAUGGCUACUCAGAAGAUGAGUGCAAGCAGUACCGAGCAGUGGUUUAUAGUAAUACCAUCCAGUCUAUUAUGGCCAUUGUUAAAGCCAUGGCCAGUCUCAAGAUAGACUACAGCAACCCUGGCAGAGUGGACGAUGCCCAGCAGCUCUUCGCCCUGUCUGCGGCUGCUGAAGAACAGGGCAUCUUUCCUGAUGAUCUGUCCAGCGUGAUCAGGCGAUUGUGGGGUGACAGAGGCAUACAGAAUUGCUUUACACGGUCGCGAGAGUACCAACUUAACGACUCUGCAGCAUAUUACCUGAAUGACCUGGAGAGGAUAGCUAAAGCAGAUUACAUCCCCACCCAGCAGGAUGUGCUGCGAACUCGGGUCAAGACCACUGGCAUUGUGGAAACUCACUUCACUUUCAAGGAACUGCACUUCAAAAUGUUUGAUGUGGGAGGCCAGCGCUCGGAGAGAAAAAAGUGGAUCCACUGUUUCGAAGGAGUCACAGCCAUUAUUUUCUGUGUUGCACUCAGUGCUUAUGACCUGGUGCUGGCUGAGGAUGAGGAGAUGAACCGAAUGCAUGAGAGCAUGAAGCUGUUCGACUCCAUCUGCAACAACAAGUGGUUCACGGAGACCUCCAUCAUCCUCUUCCUCAACAAGAAGGAUCUCUUUGAGGAGAAGAUUACUCGCAGCCCCCUCACCAUCUGCUUCCCAGAAUACACAGGAGCCAACAAGUUUGAUGAAGCAGCCAGUUACAUUCAGACCAAGUUUGAGGACCUGAACAAGAAAAAGGACACAAAGGAGAUCUACACCCACUUCACCUGUGCCACUGACACCAAGAACGUGCAGUUCGUCUUCGACGCCGUCACUGACGUCAUUAUUAAGAACAACCUGAAAGACUGUGGUCUUUUCUAAAGGACAACGCUCGACGCACACAGACUGCAUGAGAGACUGCAACAGCCAUGUGAUGAUUACUGCUUUUCAUAAUGAAAACCAUAACAGACUUGAUUCCUAGAGGGGAAAAGAAACCUUCAACAAUCACUGAUUUGCAUCCAUCACAUUCUCUGUCAAUUGUGUUAAUAUUUUUUUUAUAUAUAUAUUUCUUACUGCUCUUGGGGUUCUCGUACUACUGAGUGCCUGUAAAUACAUAUUUGACCAAGGACCCCUACUGGUUUUUAAAUUAGAUUUAUAACCUAAAUUAUAUUAUCCGACUGGCUUAAGUGGAAGAUGAUUGUUGGAAGAGGAAAACUUAUCAUAAUAAUAACCCAUUAUCUCAUCAUGCCAUAUGGCAAAUGAAAAAAUACGCCAAAAUUAAAGUAUUGUUCAUCCUUCAAGGACCAGUUUAAGAACCACAUUUAAACCGUAGUGAUUUGAUUUUGAGUCUCGUUUUUUUGUAAUUCAGAUUUUGUUUUUUUAGGUUUUCAUUUUUACUUUUCUUAUUUGCUUUUGAAGUUUAGUAAAAAGAUUCAGUACAAAAAAACAACUUUUUUAUGAAAUUCACAUUAACUUAUGUUAACUAAUGUUGGCAUUUUAUGACCCUUUUGAGUGCACAGAGCUUAUUUUUAGAAGAAAACAAACAAGCAUGGAGAAUGAAAUUGGAUGAAGGGAAAAUGUUUUUUGUACAAUGUUUACACAGAAUCAAUAUCCACAGUUGUACUAUAGUGCAUUGUUCUGCAUGACUGUCCAUAGAUUAGCUUGUACCCCCACGAACUGAAUAACAUUCCUUAAGUAACUUCUCUGAAGAAAUUAAACAGAAAUGGUUAUGUGUCACUUUUAAGAUAUCUGUUCUGUACUAUUUGUUCCAUUCCAAGUCUUUUUACAUAUGUUUGUGCCUUGAUAUCUGUUUACACUUGUUCUUAGAGACAUGCUAUCUCCAUAGUGUGAAUUAGGGCUAUUUCUACUCCACUUCGGUUCACAUAACCCAUCAUUCAAGAUGCACCACAACGUAGAGACAAAUAGAUGAUAGCCGUUCAUUAAUAUUAAGAUCAAAAGUAAUUCACUUGUUAAAUGUAAAUAAAAGUUUGCUCACAUGA